AAAUGGUCUCAUAACUGUUGGCUUAAGCGGAAAAACAGACGAGUAAACCAUGCUUUAGGCAUCGCACAAUCAAGAAAAGAAAAGCUAAUUUCUCCGAUGUUAAUUAAUUUUCUUGGUUAUUAGAAUGCACUCAGUAAUUUCAUUUUGAUGUUGAAAUACAUACGUUCAGCUUAUACUAUCAAAUACAUUUUGCACUAUGAUGGAUUCAAAGGGAAAAAACCAUUGUUCUCCCGACGUACUUAGCAAUCUCCCUGACAAUGUAAUUGAUGAUAUUCUUAUGCGUGUGCCUUUUCGAGAUGCCGUAUGCACAAGCAUUUUGUCAAAGAAAUGGAGAUAUAAGUGGUGUGGACUGCCCCAGUUGAUGCUUGAUUCUGACUUUUGGAAACCUAAAAAGGAUAUAGAAUACCUUACAGGUGAUAAAACAGUUUGGAGAGCUACUAAGGACCUUACGGGUAACUUUACAGCGUGUAUCCACAACCUUAUGACCCGUCAUAAGGGAUCAAUUACAAACUUUACCCUUUGCAUUCAGUAUUGGAAAAUCUGCCCUCGUAUUGACAACUUAUUAUGUUUCCUCUCUGAAAAAGGCAUUCAGCAUCUUGUUCUUAGACUCCCGAGAUCAUUUGAAUUGCCCUCUUCAUUUUUCACAUGUUUGCAGCUGAGGCAUCUGUCUCUCCAAAACUGUUUAUUACUUCCUCCACCAACCUUCAAAGGAUUUGAUAGGUUAAUAAGCCUAGAACUACAUGAUGUUAAGGUUUCUUCCAAAUUGCUUGAAUGCUUAAUCUCUCAUUGCUUGUUGCUUGAGCAAUUGGUCUUGAAGAUCUCAGAUACUUUAAGCGACAUCAUUGAAAUUAAUGCUCCCAUGUUGAGAUACUUUGACUUCAAGGGCGAUAUGACAACUAUCUGCCUAAAAUAUGUCCCUCUUUUGGCAAAACUUUCUCUCUGGUAUUAUCGUAAGGACCGGAAAAAAUUUGAUGUUGCAAAUUUCUUAACAUCAGAUUUUUUGGAGUCUUGUUUUGCUCUCGAGCAUCUUCACUUGGAUUACACGGUAAAUGCUAGAGGCCAAGAAAUACCAACAAAGCUUCCCUUUGAUUUGAUGUGUGUCAAACAUCUUUGCAUGUGUAUUUAUCUUGACAAGGAAGAGAUUCUGAGUGCUCUUUGCUUGAUAAGAAGCUUCCCAUUUUUACGAUAUCUGGAAAUUCAGAUGGAGUACAAUAUUAUGAAUGAUAUGCUGGCUCUAGAAUGUCUUGAAGUGGAAGCUUUUCCAGAUGUGAUAUCUAAACACCUAAGGGAAGUUAAGCUAGUAGAAGCUAAUGGCAGUAUGCGGGAGAUGCAACUUAUCAAGCUUCUGUUAGCCAAGACUCCGGCACUGGUGAGAAUGUUAAUCAAGCCCCACAGGUAUUUGGAAAAAUCUGCAAUAGUCAAAAGACUUGCUGAGCUAACAAAAUUUGAGAUUGCAUCGCCUAAAGCAGAAGUUCUCCUUAAACUAGUAUAAGCACCUAUAUUAUGUACCGUCAUGUCUGAUCCAAUGUUCAAUCAGAGAGACCAUGAUCUCUGGGUAAAAUGUUUUGGGUGUUGAAGCUAAAAGAUAGAAUGAAUGUUGAUGCAGUAGUAAAACUUGUGUUUUGCCAGUAUUGAGAGAAUUGUAAACAUCACUUUUUGGGAUAUUAGCCUGUCUGGAUGGUUUCUUUAACUUUUUCUGUACUGUUACAUUACAUGUAUGUGCUUGAAAUAUGACUUACUACAGGAAUCAAAGUUGUGGUUGGUUA